AUGCCACGAUACAACACAGUCAGUGUUUCACCAAACGUCAACGGCGUCGUGCGAAUCACCAUACACAAUGGUGGUUCGAAUCUGUGGGACUGGAAACUCAACGAGGAUAUCGCAGAGGCACUCGACACCUUCAACGACAAUACGGAAGUCAAGGUAGUCAUAUUUUCCAGUGGAAACCCAAACUUCUUCAUCGCUCACUAUGACAUGAGGCCAUCCGGUCCAGACGCACCGCCCAUUGACGUUCAGACAAAGAAGUUAUUCCAAAACAUUCUGUUCAAGAUGUUACGAUCCCCGAUCGUGUUCAUCGCCGAGAUUGCUGGUGCUGCUCGAGGCAUUGGCAGCGAAUUCGCUCUUCAUUGCGACAUGCGUUUUGCGGCUAGAGGAAAAACGCGCCUCGGACAACCAGAAGUCCGAGUGGGACUAUUGCCAGGAGCCGGUGGUGUCCAGCAGCUCGUACAGUUACUCGGACGUGGCCGAGCGUUUCAGCACAUCCUUACAGGUGUUGACAUCGAUGCCGAUACCGCAGAAAGGAUUGGCUGGAUCAACCAAGCUUUCGAGGCUGAAGAAUUGUCUCAGAAGGUUGGUGACCUUGCCAAGAGGAUUGCAUUGUUUCCUUCGGAUGCAUUGGCAGCUUCGAAGGAUAGUAUCAAUGCAUGUUCUUGUCCCAGCGAGUCAGAUAUCUUGCGGGAUAAUGAAAGUAUUUUCACUCUCAUGGCGAAGGAUACACAGCGAAAGCUGGCUGGAAAGCUUUACGAGGUGACGAAAGACUUGGAUUAUCGUGAUGGCCCCGUCGACGACGGCAAGGUGCUUAAAUACCUUUAUGAGAACUAG